AUGAGUGUCUCUUUGGUUCUUUGUACCUGGGGGGGAGCGGCUAGGACAGCAAGAGUCUAUAGAGUUGUUAAGCAGGCGAUGAUACGUACGAUGUUUGUUAGAUUGCGGAGCGCUGGGCAGGUUCGGUACCAGUCGUCAUUCUCGUUUCCCAGCAGUCAGUCGUUGUUGCAGAAGGGUCAGUUGGGAAAGAAGAAGCGGAGUGUUCGGAAGCUUGGAUUGGGGAUCAGCGACAAGAAGCAGUACAACAGUGGUGUGACGAGUGCUGCUCAGGAGGCUGGGGGCGCUGUGAGGGAUCUGAAGUCCGAGAAGGCUCAGACGAAGAAGAAAGUGUAUGAUUACUCUACUUUGCCCCGUGUGGAGCAGAUAUCUGAUACAAAGCUGAAGAACAUGAGCACGGAGGUGUUGUACUCUGGUUAUAGGCCGCUGUUUUUCGACGUCGAGCCCAAAAACAGCCAGGAGGGCAAGACUCUGUAUGAGUUUGCCAUGAAGUUAGAAGAGUUUCAGGAAGCCAUGAGCCCCUGGGUGUCGUCCGCUACAGGUAGUGAGAUGUAUGCCGAGUGGGAUAAUGUGCCCGGUGAUGUGAUAAAGGACUUAAAACCAUUCACGCCACCGGUAGUAAAUAGUAGGAAACUGAACGGUGCCACUGGAGAAAAUGCGAAUGAUUUUGAUGAGCAAGGGAAUUUCCAAAAGAAAGCGUUCUUCGACAAAGUGCAAAGCAUACUUAAUAGAAACGGCAAAGGUGGCAGAAAAAGGCCCGGUGUGACAGUGCUGAAGCACUUGAAGAAGCUCAAAGAACAAAACUGA